GAAUUCGUUUACUACAUCAAGAUAACAUUAAUGAUACUGAUAACAUUAACAUGACAUGCUCCUUUUUCUAUUUGUGUAUCGAUUAUGCAAGCUCCGUGCAUGUGUCACGCGCACUUCGUACCAGUCGCAGUUGCGUUUCACCCGUGCCAGUACGAUCAGCUGUUCCGCAGCCAAACAUACGAGUUUAUAGUGACAUGUCGGUCCGAAAGGACAAUUAUACCGUUGACAUAGGAGGUAAGAAUCAAUGAUCAUCGCAAUUGUCAGUUCUGCAUCGUGCUUCUAAUCUUGUAUUAUGAUAUGCGAAUAAAAUACAAAGAUAAAAGUGAGACCUUCACGGAGGAUAAUUUAAUUAGUAAAGAACCCAUCGGGCAAUUUAAAGCAUGGUUCGAGGAAGUAUGCAAUACUCCACAGAUUUUGGAACCCAACGCGAUGUUUCUCGCGACAGCGACAAGGGAUGGUGUGCCAUCGUUGCGCGCGGUGUUACUGAAAGGCUUUGGCACGGAAGGCUUCAAGUUUUACACAAAUUAUGACAGUAGAAAAGGCCAUGAACUAGCUGAAAAUCCACAUGUCGCGCUAACAUUUUACUGGGAAGCUCUUAGACGAAGUGUACGUAUCGAAGGUAUCGCGAAGAAAACGUCAGCGGAGGAUUCGGAUCGUUAUUUUCAGAGCCGACCGUAUGCGAAUCAAAUUGGAUCUAUGUCCAGCAAACAAAGUAGCGUGAUUGCUAGCAGGCAAACUCUCAUUGUAAAAGAAAGAGAACUGCUCGCGAAAUUCCCAGAAGGUCAAGUUAAAAGGCCCGAUUGCUGGGGCGGUUAUCUCGUUGUACCGCAUGUCGUAGAGUUUUGGCAAGGUCAGAGUGAUCGUCUUCACGACAGAAUUCGCUUUAGACGUACAAAACCGAAUGAGAAAAUAGACAAUAUACUUGUGCAUAAAGGAGAAAACGGAUGGGUUUAUGAAAGACUUUCACCUUAGAAAAAAAUCGCUGUAUUUUUAUUGAGGAAAAACGCGAGAAAAAAUAACUUUCAUAUGUUUAGAAACGCUCAAUUAUUCUUUACUGCGAGAAAAUCGCUAGUAUUAAUUACGCUAGUAUUAAUUAGUGCAACGUUCCGAGCCAUUACCUCAUACUUCCAAAGAUAAACAUUACCAAGACAAUAAUGUUAUAUUCCAAGCAGACCAUGUUCUUGAUGCUGUUUUCUCGUGAGUUUCAGGAUUUCCCUGUUCACUCCUGAAAUGUAUACAAUUAAUAUAUUGUUGCAUUAACAAAAUAA